GUUUUUUUCUUUAAAUUUGUUGUGACGAGUGUUGUGACAUAGGGUAGUUUGUUAUGACCACACCGCUUGCCGCUGAUGGUCCCUUGGCCUACGUCACACUGAUCACGUCAGAUGACUUCCUAAUGGCAGUACAAACAUUGGCAUCCUCGCUUCGGUGCACUGGCACUAAGUACUUGCCAAUGUUGGUACUCCACACUGACCAAGUCUCCAGCACCACAGUUGCCCGGUUGGCAUCGGAUUCCUCCCUGAAAUUGAAAGCAGUUGAAACCAUUGCCAACCCACAUAGCACGGAUGUGCCUGGCUGGGUCAACUCCGGUUUCACGAAGCUGCGCGUUUGGGAGCAGGAGGAGUUUGCAAAAUUGGUAUACAUUGAUGCGGAUUGUUUGAUUUUGGAAAACAUUGACGAAUUGUUUGCCAGCGUUUGCCCAGCUUUUUGCCCAGACGUUUUUCCACCAGAUAAGUUCAAUGCUGGUGUCAUGGUGGUGGAGCCCAGCCGCAGUGUGUUUCAGGAGAUGCUGCAGCAAAUAGACCGUCUUCCAUCUCACGACGGAGGCGACACGGGCUUCCUCAACUCCUUUUUUCCGGAUUGGUUUCGCUGGCCGGCUGAGCAGCGCUUGCCAUUCCGCUACAAUGCUUUGCGCACUAUGUAUUGGUUUACACAUUCAAACCCUGGAUAUUGGAAGUCGCUCGCACCUGUGAAGGUCCUGCACUUUUGCUCUUCACCCAAGCCAUGGGACCCGGAGGCCAAGAAGGGCGAUCUGGAACAGAUUUGGUGGCAGCACUACCUCAAAUCGCAAGUUCCAUUCUGACUUGGA